GUCCAAUUCUUCUCUUCCUUCGGUUUCACUAUUCCUUAUUUUCAAAACAAUGAUAAUUAAAUCUUCUACUAAUCAGAAUUAGCUCUGGAUGGUGUAUUCCACGAUUCCACUAUUUUCUUGUCUUUUCUUUCCCCACUACGCCUGAACUCCUCCUUCACAUUCCCCCGCCGUCUCCCCUAGUUUUGCCUCCUAUCUCAGGUUUCGCCCUCUGACUCUUUUCCCUCGUCUCCCUGCCCCGUCAGGAUUUUUUGAGGCCCAUGUGGAAACAUCGACCCCCGUCCAGAUCCGAUUCAAAGUCUGGGAACAUUGAUUCCAGUGAGCAUGGUUUCUUUGGCCGUGUGAAGAAGAAGUCUCCGCUUCGUAAGUACUCCGUAUACCUUAGUCUCACCCAGACUAGUGUUUUCACUACUUUCUUCACAACUUCUCUUGUGCUAUUGCUUUAAUAUUACAG